AUGGCCAACAACGCCACUGAAGGUUCCGACCUUGGAGACACUCAACAAAGUCCUCAGACACGCGGCGCGCUCUCCCUGACCGGCAUAGAAAACGUUUCAUCCAGUGAAAAAUCCGCCCGCAUCGCCGCCUUGGUCAGUGACAUCUACGCUUCCAUCAUCUUCAUAUCCAGGCAUGUCAAGGCCGGUACGCUGUCCAACCACCACUGCAAGCCCCUAUACGAGCUAGUCAGCAACAUUUUGAUCGUUGAAAGGAAAGAGAAGCGCAAAUUAUUGCGGGAGCUGAGAAGGCAGGAUUCUAGGAUAGAACGGACAGCGAGACGCCACCAGAGGGAUAUCAAGAAACUGUUGGAGCUGGCGAAAAGUGGGAUCGUGCAUUUGCGCCGCAAGGCGGAGAGAUUGCAGAUGGAGUUGGAUGAAUUGAAGGGGAAGAGGAAGGUCAGCCUCGGACAUAUCGAGAAAAAUCUAUCUACAAAGCUUAACCUUGGGAACAAGCUGGACACGGCGGACGAGACUGUAGGACAAGAAAUCCAUGCAGAGGGCAAGGAGGCCAAUCCGUCUUGCAGAAAUGAGUUAAAGGUGGAUGGCACUGGGAAAAAAAUCCCUGCUUGA